CCCAAAACGCUGCUUCUCUUUCUCUUCCAUUUUCUCUGAGCUUCUCUGCCACACUGCGUUCUUCAAGUUCCGACUCUGAACUCUUCACCCUCCUCCCUCCUCCUCUUCACUCUGAUUAUGCAGCCUCGUAGCAGAGAAAUGCAAGGAAUAAACUCUCUCUUGAACUCUUCUCAGAUUCCUCUCUCCGACCUCCACCAGAUCCAAAAUUCUCAGAUGCAUCCUCCUCCUCACCUUACUAACCCUUCUUCUUCUUCCUCCUCUCACUUCGACCCCUCUUCUUCCCACGACGAUUUUCUCGACCAAAUGCUCUCCAACCUUCCAUCUUCCUCUUGGCCGGACCUUAACCCCAAGCCCUUCUGGGACGAUACGCCUCCGCCGCCCCACGCCGCCGAGAAUGUUGCGUUUCAGUAUGAUGACCAAGCCAGCUUGGCUUCCAAGUUCCGAAACCACCGGAUCAGUAGUGAUGGUGGUAACCCCUCUACCACGUCGUCGACAGCGGCUCUGAUGCUCCAGGCUCAGCAGCAGCUUCUGAUGUCCCGAGGUGUCGCCGGAGCCGGAGAAUCAGGCCUCCUUCCGAUGCCGUUGUCGUUGGGCGGCGGAGACGUUGACCGCUCCAGAAACGACGUCGUGGAUGGCUCGUCGUUCAAAUCUCCUAAUCCGGGUGGCGAGAGUUCAGUUCAAGCCCUGUAUAACGGCUUCGCCGGUUCUAUGCAUGGCGGUGGUCAAGUUUCGAAUCAGACCCAGCAUUUUCCUCAUCAUCCACAGGGCCAGAAUCUGGGCGCAACGACCCAAGCUCCGGCGAGCAGUACUCCGGCGCAACCAAGGCAGAGAGUUAGGGCAAGGAGAGGUCAAGCGACGGACCCACACAGCAUCGCCGAGAGGUUACGAAGGGAGAGGAUCGCAGAGCGAAUGAAGGCACUGCAGGAGCUAGUUCCCAAUGCCAACAAGACAGACAAGGCGUCGAUGCUGGAUGAGAUCAUCGAUUAUGUGAAGUUUCUACAGCUGCAAGUUAAGGUAUUGAGUAUGAGUAGGUUGGGCGGUGCGGCUGCCGUGGCUCCCCUUGUUGCUGAUAUGGCUUCUGAGCAGGCAGCCAGUGACAGCGGCCAGGCCCCUCCCAACGGCAACCAAACGCCGUCGUCAACCUCCGCCAACGACACCAUCACCAUGACGGAGCAACAGGUGGCCAAGCUUAUGGAGGAAGACAUGGGCUCCGCCAUGCAGUACCUGCAGGGCAAGGGCCUCUGCCUCAUGCCCAUCUCCCUCGCCACCGCCAUCUCCACCGCCACCUGUCAUUCCAGGAGCGCCCUCAUCAACCAGAAAGGGCCGUCGUCUCCCAACAUGUCGGUCUUGACCGUGCAGUCGGCGACGGCCGGUAUUGCCGCCGCGGAGAGCUCCGUCAAAGAGGGGGCCUCCGUUUCGAAGCCGUGAUGACGGCGUUAACGGAGUGCUGACUUUGGCCGCGAAUAAACAAAGCAGGGUGUAAAAUGACAGAGAGAGACAAAAGAUAGAAAGAAAAUGACGUGGAUUUACGUAUUAUUAUUGUUAUUAGGAAAAAAAAGGGGCCGUCUAAAGUCUACGAAAAUAAAGCGUCAGGAGGGGGAGUUUGACGACGCCGUAUUUACGUAGACUUUAGCUGACGCUAACAGUUUGUAAUGUACCGAAGAGAAACUCUCCAACCCCUCCCUCCAUCUUCUCCUUGCAAUCAGGUUUUUUUUUUUUUUUUUUU